CGUCAGCCAAACGUUUCCGGUGCUUAGUCAGUGUACAUUUCCGGUGAGAGUCUCUACACGCAGACAUGCCACUUGCAAAGGAUCUGUUGCACCCGAGCUCUGAGGAGGAAAAGAGGUGUCACAAGAAAAAACGUCUCGUUCAGAGUCCUAAUUCCUAUUUUAUGGAUGUCAAAUGUCCAGGUUGCUACAAGAUCACCACAGUGUUCAGCCACGCUCAGACUGUAGUGCUGUGUGUCGGCUGUGCCACAGUCCUCUGCCAGCCUACAGGAGGGAAAGCUCGCCUUACAGAAGGAUGCUCAUUCAGGAGGAAACAGCACUAGUUUGACCGGAGGUGGUUGGACACAGUUUAGGAGGAGAAUGAACAGCACUUGAUGGACAUCAAGUAACACUGCCAUGGAGCUGAUUCAGCAGUGAGGAGAUGGAGAGCGGGGAAACAAAUCAUGUAAUCUUAGAAGUCUCUACGGACUGCACAGUGAUUUGCCAUCGUCGAGACCCGACCAACACCACCUAUCAUUAAUUCCUCUCUUAAUAAACCUAGGUUGUUUUUUGGUAAAAAUAAUCUUGCAUGUUUGUCAUCUAGUUUGUUCUUUUUGCCUGAAGGUUCUUAGAUGUCAUUAGUCUGGUAAAAGACUUGUCAGCUCAGGACCACCUAAAAAUGUGCUGCUAAAGUUCAGGGCAUUUGAGGACUCUGGCAUUGGUUUCCUCCAAGUGUACAGAUGUGUGGCCUCAACAGUUUUCAGGGGCAAGUGAUUUGCAUUUGUUUGCAUUACACCCUCAAUGUUUAAGCACAGACAUUUACAGGAAGUUGAGGGUGUACAAUGAGCCUUACAGAUAUCGUUAACCAGUUGCUCAGCAUAUAGAUUUAUGCAAACUUCUUUUUAAAACCGCAGAACAGUUUUAUGGAGACAAACUGCGGCUGAAAUUUGCAAAUUACAUUCAAGAAACUGGCCUUAACUACAGUUUUACUAUGUUAAAGCUGCAUGAUUGAAUGUUGAUUGAUGUGUUAGAGCUGCUACUAAAUGCAUAUAUGCUAAGUUAAAGCUACAGUGAAGUCAACAUUUUAUUUAUAACGGUAGACAAUGUUGUCAUCACUGCCUGGUCCAGGGCCCACUCGCUCUGAACGAGGGUCGAUUCAGGGAAAGUCAUCGCUGGCUCUGCUUCUGUUUCCUGAUGCUUACAGAGCACAGCAACACUAAAUGUCCUCAUUAUGAAUGAUUGUGGUGGUGAAUUCACAUGUUAUUGCAAGCUUCCUGUGAAGAUGAUAAUCGGGGAUGAAUUCACACUUAGCUUGGUUGGAGAUAAACUGCCUAAAAUCAUUUGUGUCCUGCAGCUUUAGUUGAGGCGUAUGGGUCAGUGACUGCAUUGUGUUGUGUACUGAAUAAAGAAAUUAAUUAAAUUAGCAGAGAGAGUAAAUAAGAACUUUCUUGUUGCUAUGGUGACAUUCUUUUCUUAUGUCCUGCUUGUACAUUGGACACAACUUACAAAUAAAAUGAUUAAUACGA